AUGAAACCAACCAGUUCCUCCACCAAUAAUACUAAUAACACAAUAUCCUCAUCAUCCUCCAAUAAUGCUCCAAUUUCAUAUCCUGAACUCUUGAAUAUUCUCAACGCUGAACAUCAAUCUUCCGUAUUACUUCAUGAAAGUAGUGCUGAUGCGAAUGUGCACCAGCACUCGAGUACCAUGUUGCCAUCCUCUUCCUCAUCAACGACGAGUACAACCAAUGCUGCUAAUCAUUUGUUUCAUUCUCUUUUUGCUGCUCAUCAUCAGCCAUCAUCACCAUCACAGUCCACAACGACUCAAUCGGCGCGUGUCGAGCAGCAGCCUUCCACUCCUCUCAGCAGUCUCUCCACCACUCAACUCUUAUUGGAUGAAUUGUCUCAUCAACAACAAGUAUUGUCUCCUUUCCAUCCUCUUUCAACAAGUGGUGCGAUGGUUGAUCCCUACCUCUAUCGAUUGUAUCAAUUGGGACAACAACAACAACGAGUGGCUGCCUUGAUGAGUCAAUCAUCUCCAACGACCACACCUUCAAAUCUUUCACUCUUGGAUCCUACUGCUGCUGCUGCUGUAUUAUUACAGCAACAACAACAACAACAGCAAGCCUUGUUGAAUAGUGUUGCACUCGCUCAACAAUUAACAUCAUCCUUGAUGAUGAAGAGUGCUGCUGCUGCUACUUCUCAAAAGGUUCCUCAGAGCUCGGUGAGUUCACAAUCCAUCAUGGAAAGCAAUAAGAAGAAUGAUCAAACGACUACUAUUGAAAAGAGAAGCAAAGCUUCUUCUGAUGCAUUGGUCAGCAACAAUACCACAAUGGCGAAUACAACUGCGAAUACGACUGCUACCAAUACAACUACUACUACUACUAGUAGCAGCAGUACUACUAUUGGUGGUGCAUCAUCAUUGAAGAAUGAUCAUUCUGCAACCACAUCUGCAGUGAAUCAUGAUCUUGAAGAGAUUUUAGAAGAACACUCACAAGAAUCUCGUCAUUGGAGUACAGUCUAUAUCCAUCCUCAACUUGCUCUCGAUUCAACGCAAGUGAACAUUUAUUUAGAAACCAGAGAUUCUGGACCUCGAUUGGACUCUACUGUUGAUUCUGAAUUGUAUAGUUCGAUCAAGUAUGAAAUGAGACAUGAGAUUAAGGAGUUGAAUACCGUGUUCAAUGGUGAGGCAUCUGAUGAUUUACAAUUAUUUUGUCGUAUUCAAAUCAUUCAUCCAGAUAAUAAGACUGAAGUGUUAAAGAAUGGUAAACCUAUAUUGGGAGGAGUGAUUGAAUCCAACGUAUCACGAUCCAAUUCAGAUAAUAGUAUGACAAGUAUGAAAAUCAAAUUUACAGAUUGUAGCUACCAUCAUGGUAACUGUAAAUUUGCAUUUCGAGUCUCUUAUUUUAUUGAAAGUGAUUUGGACAAUCCAAUUCUCAUUAUGGAAUCAGCUCCAUUUAAGGUUUUGGCAAGAAAACCAUCCAAGAAUAAGAAACCUGCUCAAAAGAGAAAGAAGGAAGAAGAAGAAGAGGCUACAAUUAAUGCUAUCACUGUAGACUCUCCACCUCCUUCUCAAAAGAUUAAGAUUUCUAACUUUGAAGAUUUCAAACAAGUUACUGCAAGUGUUUUUGAUUAUAUUCAGAGUGCUUCUGAUGAACAAAAGAAGAGACAAAUGAUUAAUCAUGUGGUCACUAAAUUAUAUUCAGUGGAUCCAAACAUGAUGUUUAGCUUGCCUUCUGACGAUGGUGCUAAUGAUAUUUUCAAAGGACUUUUGUAA